GAAGCAAGUUGGCAGAGACAGCGUCGAGAGAAGCGGUCGGUGGCAGUUCGAGUCUGUCGUCAGAUCGGGAAGCGAGCGACGCUCGAUUAGAAUCGGAAUCGUUGCCGACGUGUCCACGCGUUGUGUUUGGUUCGGUUCCUAUCGUUCUCUGCGUAACUGGUUCGAGGCGGUGCGAUCGGGAACGUUUGCUCGCGACGGAUCGACAUGGGUUAAACCGAUCCUCUGACGAACGGUGAUCCGACGAUGCCUCGCGAGUAGAUCUUCGAUAGAGGCCUGUGACUCCGAGUGAAAAUAGUACAAGUGUACGCGCUAAGAGUUCUCCGGAUCGGGAGGAAGUGUUAAGCCGUGCAGCUUGGACGACGCUUCGUACGACCGUUCCUUUCCUUCUCGGAUCGGUGUUUAUAGGAAGCGGCGUAAAAAUAUUUGCUCGAUCGUUACGCGAGAGAGAAAGAGAGAGAGAGGAGAGACGGAGCGACGCGAGAACGUUGUAUCGUUUGAACCGAAUGAACCGUGCGCGUCGACGUCGACGUCGAAGACGGGGACGACGGGGAUAGCAGUCGUCGACGACAGCGCGACGAAACGCGGAUAAUGCGGCAUCUACGUGACCGACCGAGCAGCGAUCACCGAUACGAGAGAAGAUCAACCUCGACCUCGAAACGCGCCGCCGACGGUGUAAUCCCGAAGAGCUUGUACAAUCGGGGAAUAGAGAAUAACGAGGGAAAUAUUAUUUUGGUUCCCCGGUAACCGUGCGCGAUACCUAAUAGAAAACUGUUUGAAUUACCCGGCGACCGCGAGCGUUUACGAGAGACGCGGUCUCGCACUGGUCCAAGAGAAACCGUUAAUCGAGCCUGGAUCGGAUCGAGCAAAGUGGGACAAAGUGCAAUAAUCCUACUUAAGGAAGUACCUACGUUCCGCGUGCAUCUUCGCCAGACGUAGGAGGCCAACGAUCCUCGGAAAUCGUUGAAUCGCCGAUCGGUGGUCGUCGGGAAACCUUUCGCGGUUCGGAUGACCGGGCGCGUUAGCAUAGUAUUAGAGUAGGGAAGGCUGCAACGAAAACGAAGUACCUUGUAACGUACCAAAUAAAUCGAUUAGGUCGUCUGUCUUUCUAAGAAAUUCACAAGCGAGAGAGAGAGAAGGAGAUAGACUAGCGACGAGUGCCAAGAGGAAAAGGACAAAGCGAUCGUUAUCGAGUAUAUCUUUGAUCGGACGCGUGGUAUCUUUUCCUCGUUGUUCGUUUGCGCAAACGGCGAGAGGGGAGGGGACGGUGAAAUUGUGUUUCGACAAAGAUCAACGACGAUCUUGCGAAAUACGUAACGACGAUUCGUUGAUCGACGGCAAAUGCGAACGGAUCAGCGAAGAUAAACCCUGGUUCGGAGCGAUCGCGCGACCGACGACGCUUCUCGAAUACGAAAAGAGUCGUUCGUCGCUGUAGUGCGCAACAAGUAUACGGGAAGCACGUGACUGUUGGAGCAGCUAGCAAAGCAAACAUCCGAGCAGCGCAGAUAACGCGUCGGAAUCGUCGACCGCGAAUCUCCGAGCAACGCUGAAGCAAAGUACUCGCUGGCCGGGUUCGAAGGAAGCGGACGAGGAUCGUAAUCGGUCGUGAUCACCGAAUCACGGAAGUCACGGAAGAAAAAUUUUCGUCUGCACGAUUCGUGGAUUCGCUCGUGAUCGUCGGCUAGCCACGAGGACGCCGGGCGAGAACUGGUCGAGUUUCGGUGGACGCGAUAAUCCUAUUUCACAGGAGGGAGCAAAUCUUUGAAUGACUUUCCCAUUUUGUGGUUUCGUUUUCGACUCGUCCGACGACAGGUCGAGACAAAUGCCAGUCGCUUCGGAAGACUGGGUGCCGCACCCGGCCAAGAUAACCAGUUCUAUCACUACCGUGAAGGGUGCCACCAUCCAAAGCACCACCACAGCUUGGAUGUCGCCGUACAGCAGAGCCUCGCCCUCCGAACGUCCACCUUCGAACAACAAUAACAUCAACAACAACAACAACAAUAAUGGUGUUGUCAUACUCGAAGGUUGCAGACCACCGGCCGCAACCACGGCCAGAAGAUUUCUCAGAUGGUUCAGCAGACUCGGACAACCACCGAUGGGAAAGUCAGGGGUGCUGGAGAUGGCGGCCACAGAGAGCACGAUCCGAUUCAGCGGCCAUACGUUGGACAAGGCUACAAAGGCCAAGGUAACGUUGGAGAAUUACUACAGUAAUCUAAUAGCUCAGCAUAUCGAGCGGAAGCAGAGGCUCGCGAAAUUAGAGGAAUCGUUGAAAGACGAAGGGCUCUCGGAGCAACAGAAGCAGGAGAAACGGUUGCAGCAUGCUCAGAAAGAGACCGAAUUCCUUCGGCUGAAGCGCUCUCGACUCGGCGUCGAAGACUUCGAGCCCCUCAAAGUAAUUGGCAGGGGCGCUUUCGGAGAGGUAAGACUCGUGCAGAAGAAGGACACCGGUCACGUGUACGCGAUGAAAAUUCUGAGAAAAGCCGACAUGCUGGAGAAAGAGCAAGUCGCGCACGUCAGAGCGGAAAGGGACGUCCUGGUGGAAGCGGAUCAUCAAUGGGUCGUGAAAAUGUACUACAGCUUUCAGGAUCCCAUAAACCUUUAUUUAAUCAUGGAGUUUCUACCUGGCGGUGAUAUGAUGACGUUGCUGAUGAAGAAAGAUACGCUUUCCGAGGAGUGCACGCAAUUUUAUAUUUCCGAGACUGCGUUAGCGAUCGACUCCAUUCAUAAGCUAGGUUUCAUUCAUAGAGAUAUCAAGCCGGACAACCUGUUGCUGGACGCACGGGGUCACAUAAAGCUCUCUGAUUUUGGGCUGUGCACGGGUCUGAAGAAGUCUCAUAGAACCGAUUUCUAUAGAGAUCUCAGUCAAGCGAAGCCUUCGGAUUUCAUGACGUCCUGCGGUAGCGGAAGCGGCGGCGCGAUGGAUAGCAAAAGAAGGGCCGAAAGCUGGAAAAGGAACAGGAGAGCGCUGGCUCACAGUACAGUAGGAACGCCCGAUUACAUAGCUCCGGAAGUAUUUCUGCAGACUGGUUACGGACCUGCCUGCGACUGCUGGUCCUUGGGCGUGAUCAUGUACGAAAUGCUUAUAGGAUAUCCUCCGUUCUGUAGCGAAAAUCCGCAGGAGACAUAUAGAAAAGUUAUGAAUUGGAGGGAGACACUAGUGUUUCCGCCAGAAGUUCCCAUCAGCGAGGAAGCUAAAGACACUAUAAUCAGAUUCUGUUGCGAGGCUGACAGAAGAUUAGGCGCUCAAAGGGGCAUCGAAGAGCUUAAACUGGCGCCUUUCUUCCGUGGCGUCGAUUGGGAACACAUCAGGGAAAGGCCGGCCGCCAUUCCAGUCGAAGUUCGUUCCAUCGACGACACAUCCAACUUCGACGAAUUUCCUGAUGUGAAAUUAGAGAUACCAUCCGCGCCGAUGCCUCAGGACGGUGAGGUGUCGUACAAGGAUUGGGUAUUCAUUAAUUACACGUUCAAACGAUUCGAGGGUUUGACGCAGCGAGGCACGCCGACCAAGAAAUAGCAACACCCUACUUCGUGCUCGGUUCCAACCGGCAGUCAGCAGCCUGACGCAAAUGGAAUUCCGGCCUUGGUACAUCACCCGCACCCUCCGUUGUCGUCGGUGGCAUCGCGGAUGGAUGGCUGAUCCAUUCCAGUUUCCGAAUACGGUCCAGUCAAUCAUCGGUGGCGAAUCAUCCUUACAUGUACAGUGGCGUGCAAAAGUACCGUGCCGCAAUAUUUUUUCUUAACAGGUUUUAAACACGAGGUCGUGCGACGAAUUCCGUAAUAUGCAGAACGUUCGAUGGUAAGGUAUCUUUGUUGUAACGAUGUAUAUUUAUUGAUAUCGAGACCGGGUGUGGGCAAAAGUAUCGGGCCAAGAUUUUUUAUCAACAUAAAUUGCCGCUAGAUUUCGAUACAAACGCAAACUUCGAGCUGUUCAACGUUUACAGGUUAUAGUUGUACUUAAUACUUUGACCCUUUGCAGAAAUCAUUUCUGCACACCGAAGCAUCGAUUCGAUAAUUUUAUUAAUUCUUUCAAUUUUGCAGUAUUUUCGAGAUUUGCCAGCUUAUUACGCGCCGAUUGAACUAACCAUUCGUACGUUUCUUGCACUUUUAACCCUUCUUGUGUAUCCAAAGCUCCGCUUAACGUUCGAUUGGUCGGGUACCCACCAAUUCCUUAAAGUCUGUAAGGCUUUUCAAGAUGGCGGAUCCCUAUACGAGUCCUUAGGCAGAGAGUGCAUCCCGUAACAUAAUCUUCCUUCUACCGACCGCCAAACAUCCCACAUCCUAUCGUUUCCAAGUAAGUUUGUUUUAUUAUUUUUAACGUACGAAACAAAAGAUUAGCGGUAAAUUGCUAAGAAACCGAGCCAAACGUCGCUUGGACCCGAUACUUUUACACGCAUAGAUUUCCCAUCGUUGGUAAUAUGCGUCGUUACGGUGUUAACAAUUGCUCCGACGCGAAGGAUUAUUUACUCGCGAUGGAAUUUUAAAUACAAUAUCACAGUUAAGAUAUAUAUUACGGAAAAAUGACGUAGCCCGAUACUUUUGCACGCCACUGUAUAUAUACGUGAUUUGACAAGCACCGCGUGCGUACGUAUAUAUUAUUAAACGGAAAAGAAAGAAGACGAUGAAAACGACGAACAUGAACAAGGACGAUGGCUGUAAACGUGCAAAAACAAAGUCGUGUCGUUGUUUUGUAAAGAACGAAGAACGGAGUGAUCAAGAUUUCGGUAAUGAUCGAGUGCAAAAAUUGAUGCACAUGUGAUAAGGAAGAACCGAAUCGUUUAGCGUACCGUGUGAUCUUGAACGGUCUUCUGCUAUGAGAAACGUUUUAUUUCAGUUCUGCUGUCGAUAUUGUUUCCCAUCAGAUCUUCGAAGCGUAGUAUAAUAAGCUCUCUGUAGUGAAAAUAUUAAUGGAAGAAAAAAAAAAAAAAAAGAAAUAAUCGAAGAUGGAGCCUCGGUCCCGUGAUUCUCGCAGUGCAUACAAUUUUUGCGUAGAAUUCCGUUCGGUGUGUUCUUUCGUCCUUCUAACGAAAUACUGGCUCAGCUCUCGUAUUCAGCUCUCUUUUCGACGUUGUAUUUAUAGCUAGUGCUGUGAUAUGAAAUUGUUUGAAAGUUUUGUAUACAAAUUGCUGUUUUGUCUGUUAACAAAUACUGAACUUUACGAAUGUUGUAUUCUAUUCGAUUGCCCCUACGUUUGUCCUGAAAAUUUAGAAAUUUGUUGGUGUAAACGAACGUAUUUUAUAUUAUUAUAUAUAUUUUUGAGAGCUUUUGUCCGGAUAUUUGUUAUCCCACACGAAAUUACACGAAGAACAAUCGGCAAAUUGUUCUCCGAUCGUGUAUUUAAUCUUCUAGAAUUUCUCACUUUUUACGUUGACGAUCGUGUCAUACAUACGAAUAUUCCGAAAUUUGUAUCGGCGUAUAAGAAACGUUUUAAAAAAAAUUUUAAUCUUACGCAUAAUUAUGGUUUCGCUGCAAAUCAGCCAUAAUUCGGAGUAACCCAAUUACGAUAUAAGCUUCGUGGCACGAGCUUUUUUGCGUAACUUUUUGUGCUUUGUGGUCUUUUUGUAUCAACGUAUAAUGUAUUGUCAAAUAAAAAUUAUUCCAGUUGAUUAAAUUGGUGACAAAAGGGGAAAAAAGGAAGAAAAACGAUUGAGACGCGUAAAAAGUAAGAGGCGUAGAAGGAGAAUCAUACCGGUACCGGGUCUCUUUCUUACAGAGAAAUUUGUGGAAAUGUUUUUGUUCGCGUCCGAGUAUUAUGAAUAAUCGUCGAGCGUUAAGAGCAUCCUAAAGAGCGUGAAAAUGGAAAAGAAUACACUCGUAAGAUUCAGGGCUUCUUCGUUGCCUUAUCAAGGUUCCUAACGCGUUACGCGCGCGCGCAGCCCAAUCCAUAACUUACAAAGCCAAAAGAAGAAAACAGGAAAAAAAAAAAGAAAAAAGGAAAGCAGUCAAAUUCGCAACGCUGGGUAAAAAUAAACGCAUAGGUAAUAACGGAAAAACGAAAAAAGAAACGAACGAUAAUUGAGAAAUUGUCGUGGCGAUCAAACCGAACUUACAUUUGGUACAUAACUUUUAUAUUAAUUUCGAUUGAAAAUGAAAUAUAGAUAUUUGAAAUUUACACGCACUCUCUGAUCCUACUGGGGUUUUUAAACAAAAAUUAUCUCAUACGAUUCCGCGUUCUGUUCGAUCGCGUAGUCUGUCGUCAGUGUACCGUUGCUUAAAAAUAAUCGUUCGAACGAAUGCCCAGCAGCAAUUGGAUCGCGCAGAAAUUUCCUAUGCACGAGAGGACAAGUAGUGCACUGCAUGGUCUGUCUUACGUAUUCUGUCGAACGAUAUAGUUUUAUUUCGAGUAUAGCACCGUGGACGAUUUAGCGUUUACAUUCUAUAGUUUACCGACAGCCAGGGCACCGUGGUAGUAAUAGUACUAAUCGUAAAAAUGCUAGAUAACAUAUAAGGUAACAUACAGAGGUACCUACGUACGCGCACGCUCGAGACGUAUCGCGUUCCGGCUGAUAGUACUUGUAUAAAAAAGUUUCGCUCCUUCCUCGUACGAUCCGGCGUGUCUCCAUUAACGAUA